AUGAUGACUGCUGCUCCCGGCAGAGUGUGAGUCACCAGGGCGUGGCGCCGCCCUCCCUCUCUGUAUUGUUAUCGCUCCGCUCCCUCUGAGCUCAGACGGGUGGCGCACUUCUCUCCAGCCGGCUUCCCAGGCAGCUCCCAUUGUCCAGCCGGUCAUCGCCCCGUCCCUCGCCCGCCAUGGAGGACCAAUCCCCGUUCGUAACAUCCAGCAGCUUUGGGAACGAUGCUGUGGAGACAGCCGAGGACGAGCACCGCGGAGCCGGGGAGGCCAAGCCCCGUGUGCAGCCCUGGGAGGAUAUGGACGACGUGCUGGAUCUGACCGGGGGCGCGGGGCAGCUCUCCUAUCCCUCCUUCCCCGGUAAGCCCCCCGCCGAGGAGGACGAGGAGGAGAAGAAGAGCUACUCGGACAGCCUGGAGCCUUCACCCGAGGAAGAGGAGCCCAGCAGCAUCGCCAGCGACCUGCCCCGGCCGCCCGUCAUCCCCAGCGCGCCCGAGGAAGAGCAGCACAGGCCGGCCGCACCGCCCAGAACCGGCUCAGUGGAUGUGAACCUUUUUCCUAUUCCUGCUUCAUCUGCACCUCUGAUGCACUCCUCUUCAGAUAUUGUGAUGGAGUUGCAGAAACCUUCUAGUACUGUGCCUGCUGGCCAACUGGAGCUUUCUUCUUUGCUGCCUGAGACUGCUUCUUCCCUCCAUUCUUUGUCUCCUCUAUCUGCUGAUUCUUCUAAAGAGCAGCUUGUUGUGUUUCCUGGUGACUCCAUUACAAUGGAAGCUUUUAAAGAUCCCAUUGGUGGUGAUCAUGCAAAGUCAAGGACCAUAGAUGAUUUUUCGAUCUCUGAGAAGUUGGGUAGUGGCAUGGAAUGCAAUUUUCCUGAAGUAUCAGACCACAAAGACUCUCCUUCCAGUGUGCAAGACAAAUUGGAAGACUUGUUCUUUUCCGAGAGAGGUCAUGCUAUUGAGCACCCUACUUCUUUUUCUGAAUCUGUUUCUGGAGACCACACAAAAGUGUAUACACAGUCUGCUAAAGAGAUGUUUUCAGGAAUGCUUAGAUCUGUUGGACCACCUAAUGAAGAGUUUUCAGAUCUCAAAGAAGGGUUUGAUGACCAGUAUGUUGAUUUCAAGCCUUUUGCAAGCACAGGGGUCCAUGAAUUUGAACCAAAAGAUGUUUCUGUAGACCUUAAAAGCCAGAUUACUAAGUUGAAUUUCGAAACUGCGGUAAAGUUGGAGGAAAAAUAUGAUGAAGAAAGGGAUGAAGAUGUUUCUGAUGACAUAUCUCCAGCCUCACCUGAGGCAACCUCUGAUUAUGAAAUGUUGGCUCCUUUGCAGAACACCAAUCCUUUUGCUUUUAGUGGCAGCAAUCCGGUUUCUGACAACAUAACUGAUGAGAAAAAAAUGGAAGAACUUAAAUCUCACGUUACUACUGCACGUCUAGGUUCAAACGUUGCAACGGUUAACCCAUUCCUUGUUGACCAAGAAGACGACUAUGUUAUGACUGACACUAUACAUGGGAGUGUUGCAAACAAACCAGAGCUCACUCCAGAUAUUGUGCAAGAAGCAUAUGAAAGUGAAGUCCAUGACACUGGUGUACCAAACUUUGGCUAUGAACCAAAAAUUGAUUUGGUUCAAACUGCUGCUAAAGCUUCACAGGAGAGUAUCAGUCCUUCAGUACAGAAUGUGGCACUGUUUGAGGAUACAGAUUCAGUCUCUUCACCAGUUUUGCCUGACAUUGUUAUGGAAGCUCCAGUGACAUCUGCCCCAGUUGGUCUCAGUGCUUUGGUCCCUCAGCCUGAUAUUUCCCCAGUUGAGCACAUAAUCCCUGUGAGUGAAGAGAAGUUAAAGUUCGAGUCUGAGAAGCCACCGUCUUAUGAAGAAGCGAUCAAUAAGGCAAGCUCAAAGGAACAAGAACAAGUUCCUGUCCACGUGGAAACUGUAAAGGAAGCACCAGUACAAGAGCCUGAAACAUCAUACAUAUCCAUAGCAUGUGACCUCAUAAAGGAAAGUUUUCCAGAGCAGGUGGUAACCGAUUUCUCAAAGUCAUUAAAGAGUGCAUUUGACUCUCAGUUUUCUUCACACCUUGAAGAAAGUUCUCCAGAAUCUGAACAUAGUGAUCCUUCUUACCUGCUCUGGGAACCUGAAGUGGUUUCAAAGGAAGCUGCUAAGACUGUGUUAGGUUCUAGACAACAUGUUACCACAGAAAAGGAACCGUUAAGUGAUACCAAGUGGAAGGAGCCUUCACCAGGCAAAUCAUACCUUGAGUCUUACGUCUUUGACAAGGUGUCUGACGUUGUAGCAGCAGAACCCGUUGCCCAGAUGUCCAAACCGGAUAAGCUUUUACAGAUGGAAGAGUUUGGAAAAGCUGAAUACUCCACAGACUUUGAAAUUCCAUCUACUGUUCCAGCUAUAAAAGAUAUUUCCACCCCUCCUAGAGAUAAACCGGAAGACUUUAAGGCCCCUAAAUGGCUGCAAGACCCGAUCCCGAAAGAACAACCUAAGAUGAAGGAAGACAUGUCUGUGAAGGACAAAACCAAAGAAAGUUCUGAUAAGGUGAUUGAUUUGAACAAAGUUGGCCCCGAAGAACCUGUUUCAAAGCCUUGGACACCUGCUAAAGAAGUCAGUAUCAGCACUCCAGCCAGUAAGGAAAAGAGAGAGGGUUCUCCAGAUACUGUUCCUUUGGCUUCUUGCAAUUUCCAGAAUUCAGCUGUUGACCUCCUGUACUGGCGGGACAUUAAGAAGUCGGGGGCUGUGUUUGGGGUCCUCCUGUUCCUGCUGCUGUCUCUGACAGUCUUUAGCAUUGUCAGUGUGGUCGCAUACAUCGCCUUGGGCCUGCUGUCUGUCUCCAUCAGCUUUAGGAUAUACAAAGGGGUUUUGCAAGCCAUUCAGAAAUCCGAAGAAGGUCAUCCAUUCAAAGCCUAUUUAGAUUCCAACGUCGCAGUGUCUGAGGACCUUGUUCAGAAGUAUUGCAAUGUUGCCCUGUCGCACAUUAACUGCACGAUGAAGGAGCUGCGGCGCCUCUUCCUGGUGGAGGAUUUGGUGGACUCUCUGAAGUUUGCAGUGCUGAUGUGGGUGUUCACCUAUAUUGGUGCCUUGUUCAACGGACUGACCUUACUGAUCCUGGCACUGAUUUCUUUGUUCAGUAUUCCAGUUAUUUAUGAAAGACAUCAGACUCAGAUUGAUCACUACCUAUCGCUCAUAAGCAAGAAUGUUAAAAAUACAACAGACUUGAUCGCUUCUAAAGUCCCAGGACUGAAACGCAAAGCCGAUUAAUCGCUACUAAACAAAUCAAGAUUGCCGCAGAUACCAAUAGGAGCCUCAGAAUUUGAGCGCUGUGUAUUUGGAUUACACUGGGUGGGUCAGGGAAGACCAGCCUUGACAUUGCAGUGCAAUUUCCCAAUUUCCUCUUCGUUUUUUUUUCUUUUCCCCCCCAUAUUUUUAUUUUUUUCGCAUCGCAGUGUUUAAGGAAGAAACAAUUGUUUUACUGCCAUGUGUUUCACUCUUGAGUAUUGUAAGCUGCUAUGUAAGGGUUUGAAACUAUUUUUCUGUUUCUCCUGUGUGAAGCACCGUCUAAUACAGAACUCUAUUUGUUUUCUAGCAUGCUGUAUAUUGUGCUUCAGACGUAGACUUACCGAGCUUUCAUGGGCUUCGUGUUAACAAGUUCUUGCACUGUGUACGUACAGCAAGUCGAGAUUUGCUUCAGUGUAGACUGGGCGCCCGGUGCCUAGCGCUCUGCAUUUUAAGCCCUCCCGAGCACUGAACCCGCUACAAAGCGAAACCCCCUUGUGACCAUACCUAGAGAAAUAACACUGCUUCUGUCCGGUAUGAUGGUAGCUCCAUCUCGUGAUUUUAUGGUUUUAUCAAUUGCCAAUAUCUAUAGUGUUUUCAGAGAACAUAGUCGCUUCCACAAUGCUUUCCAUUAUUUUUUUUAUUUUUAGGAAAAAACAAAACGACAUUCUAACAUGUAGCUCCGUAGCACACACACACACACUUAAAGGAAAUCCUUCCCCCUAGAAACACUAGUGUCUGUUUAAUGAGCAACUAAGUCAUGUAUACCGGUUUAGGAACUUCCACGUUUCAAUGCUCAGUAGUUGAGUUAUUUUUUUUUUUUGCGCGAACAUAUUUACAGUGACUUGAACUUUUUGUGGACCGAGUGCUAAACGCUGCAAAUAUAGGGGAAAAGUCAAACCCGUUGCAACACAACGUGAUGAAGUGUUUCACAGCUCCAGGAAUGUGCUGAAGCAAGUCUACGGAAUGCAUUGUGAUACUGUAUGUCAAACCAGAGAAAACCAAGUAUCAAUAAAGCUUGUAGACCUUAACUUGUUUAAACUUGA